AUGGCGAAGUCCAACAUUCGCUUUCUCAUUCUGUCGGACACCCACGACUCCGCCUUCCCAUCGGAGCUCCCUCCGGCAGAUGUCGUCCUCCACUGCGGCGAUCUAACUAUGAUCGGCGGCAUGUCAAACUACAAAGCUGCGAUCAAAAGUCUUUCGGAUUGCGACGCUGAGCUAAAGCUUGUGAUCCCCGGAAACCACGAUGUUUCUUUGGAUCCUAUAUGGUGGGCCAACAAUUCAGACGAAGACGAUGAUCUAGAGGAGCCAAAGAAAGCGAUCGACCUAUUCGACCAAUCCGGAGUCAAUCUUCUGAGCGAGGGAUAUCAUUCAUUCACCCUCAAGAAUGGCCGUUCCAUUACUCUAUACGCCUCACCUUACACACCCUAA